AUGCCGUCCGAACUCGUCGCCUUUCAAAAUCCAUUUUUGACGCCGCCCAUGUCUGCAAUAUUCCGCAAAAAUGCGCCAGACGCGCUUGGAUUGUCUGGAGGCGCAUAUCCUUCACCAUCAUCCCUUCCUCCGCUCUCCUUGCCAGACUCUCCAGCGAGCAAUAGACCCCGUCGUCGGCCGUACCACUUUUCGACCCAAUGCGCGACGGUAGACAAUCCAGACGAAAAGGAUCAGUAUGGCUCCAGCUCAGUCCCCAUCUACCAGACUGCUACAUUCAAGGGCUUGGACGGCAAGUUUGACUAUACUCGCAGCGGAAAUCCUACCAGAAGCCAUCUCCAACACCAUCUCGCAAAGAUUUAUUCUGCCCAGCAUGCCUUUACAGUCUCGUCUGGAAUGGCCGCCUUGGACGUGAUCACCCGACUGCUCAAAGCAGGCGACGAGGUCAUCGCAGGAGACGAUCUAUACGGUGGAACGAACAGACUACUCACAUACCUCAAAGAACACAACGGUGUCACCGUCCACCACGUCGACACGACAAAUCCAGAUCUCAUCGUGCCACUCGUUCAGCCCGGCAAGACGGCCAUGGUCCUUCUCGAAAGCCCCACAAACCCAUUACUCAAGAUUGCCGAUCUCGAACUCAUUUGCAAUUACGUCCAUCGGAUUGCACCCGAUGCCCUCGUCGUGGUGGACAACACCAUGAUGAGCCCAUAUCUCCAGCGGCCACUCGAGCUCGGCGCGGAUAUUGUUUAUGAUAGUGGAACCAAAUAUCUAAGUGGACAUCACGAUUUGAUGGCAGGCGUCGUUUGCUGUAACCGUGGCGACAUUGGCAAGCAAAUCGGAUUUAUUAUCAAUGCAGUUGGAAAUGCUCUCUCGCCAUUCGAUUCGUUCCUGUUGCUUCGUGGCAUCAAAACACUCGCCAUUCGUAUGGACCGUCAACAGCGGAGUGCAAUGGCUGUAGCGACCUUUCUCGAUACCCACGGUUUCAAAGUACAUUAUCCCGGCCUACAAAACCACCCAGGAAAGGGAAUUCACGAUAGACUGGCCAAUGGUCCUGGCGCUGUGCUCAGCUUUGUCACAGGCGACAAAGCCCUCAGUGAGAGGAUUGUUGGUGCUACUAGACUAUGGGGUAUCAGCGUCAGCUUUGGUGCUGUCAACUCACUUAUCAGCAUGCCCUGUGCCAUGUCCCACGCUUCUAUAGAUCCUGCCGUCCGCGCAGCACGCGGACUUCCGGAAGAUCUUAUUCGUCUUUGCGUCGGUAUUGAAGAUCCUCAAGACUUGAUAGACGAUCUAGAAAACGCCAUCAUGGAAGCUGGUGUGACCCUGCCUUCCAUCAUGCCGUCCAUUGUAGAGCCAUUUAGUCCGAUUCGUGGCGAGCCAUGGGCACCACCGCCGCUUAUUUUCGCCCCGCAACCUGUCCUCGAAGAACGUCGCAAGCCUACUCACCCACACUGGUUCAUCUCGGCCCCUGGAAAGGUUAUUCUAUUCGGAGAACACGCUGUUGUUCACGGUGUCACUGCGAUUGGCGCUUCGGUCGACUUGCGAUGCUACGCCCUUGCCUCCCACCGAGAAGACGGUUACAUUUCGCUUCAUCUCCCCGAUCUCAACGACUGGUACCACGAGUGGCUCAUCGACGAGCUCCCAUGGGACUCCGUCACACCCACACGCAUUGGAGAAGACCACGGACCAACGCUGGACCCACGUCUUAUGGAUGCGAUUAACAACAGGGCUCUACCGAAGAGUGUCAACGAGGAGCGAUUCGCCCGUGCGAAAGCGGCGGUCACCGCAUUCUUGUACAUCUACAUGAUCCUACGACCAGACACUAAAGCAAAACCGAGUUUCCGAUUCACGACCCGUUCAACUCUCCCUAUUGGUGCCGGUCUAGGCUCGUCUGCCUCGUACUCGGCCUGCGUUGCCGCCGUCAAUCUCAUCUUUGCCAAACGGACCACACUCACCGAACCUGUUCGUCGACGACUCAACUCGGAGGCGACAAUCUCGUACACGAUCAAGCACGACGGUCGCCGUGCGAUUCCAACAGAGGUCGCAGACGAAGUCAACAAGUGGGCGUUUGUGGCUGAAAAGGUCAUGCACGGUAAUCCCAGUGGUGUGGAUAAUACCGUCUCUGUUCAUGGUGGUGCCAUUGCGUACAAGAGAGCCGUUAAUGGCUCCAAGGGUGGCAUGGACGGAUUGCAUGGAUUCCGUUCUGUCAAGUUUUUGCUCACCGACUCGCAAGUACCGCGAGAUACCAAGAAGCUCGUAGCGAAUGUUGCCACUCGUCUCAAGGAUGACCCGAACCGAGGCGCAGACGUCUUGGACGCCAUCCAAGCCAUCUCGAUCGAAGGUUUCCGUGCGUUGAGCGAUCCCGAAAUUCCUCGCGAGACGCUCCUUGCUGGUCUCUCGAAACUGAUCAAGCAAAACCAUGCGUUCCUCAAGGAACUCGGUGCCUCACACAUCUCACUCGAAGAAAUUUGCGAGCUCACGGACGAAUUUGGUCUGUGCACCAAGUUGACGGGUGCAGGCGGCGGUGGAUGUGCCGUCACGCUCAUUCCUGAUGACUUUUACGAUGAUUCGUUGCGGAUCCUCAUGGACAAGCUCGUCGAAGCAGGGUACCAGCCAUACCUCACAACCGUCGGUGGAAGUGGACUGGGUGUGUAUCCAGUCACGGGAGACCCGACUCCCGAGGAGAAGGAACAACUUCACCGCGAUUUUGUGGGCCAGCCACGUAUGGGGUUGGCCAAGUGGGCAGAAGAGCAAGGAGGAUGGCUCUACGUCUAA